AUGGGCAGGUAUCUUAUUGUCAUAGAUGAUAUAUGGGACAUAAAACAUUGGGAAGUGAUCCGAUGUGCUAUGGCUGAUAAUCAUUAUGAGAAUAGAGUAAUCACAACAACCCGUGAUCGCGACGUUGCACAUAAAGUUGGUGGCGCCUAUGAGCUUAAACCCCUCCCUGAUGAGACAUCCAAAAUAUUAUUCUUUGGAAGAAUUUUUGGUAUUAAUAAUGACUGUCCAGAUGAUUUGGUCGAAGUAUCUGAAACUCUCCUGAAGAAAUGUGGCGGUGUGCCAUUGGCUAUCAUCACCAUUGCUGGUUUAUUGGCCAGUCGGGAAGGGAAUAAAAGGGAGUGGAACAAGUUGUGUGAUUCUAUCGGUUCUGGACUUGACAAUAGUCCUGAUGUGAAGAAGAUGAGAAAGAUAUUGGCCCUUAGCUAUCACCAUCUAUCUAUCCAUCUAAAAACUUGCUUGCUGUAUCUGAGUAUAUUUCCUGAAGACUACAUUAUUCAAGGAGACAGAUUGAUAUGGAGGUGGAUAUGUGAAGGUUUUUUUAAUGGUGUACAGGAUGAGUACUUAUUUGAGCUUGGUGAGAGCUACCUCACGGAGCUCAUAAACAGAGGCUUGAUCCAAGCGGUGGACUCCUAUAGUUAUGGCAUGACAACGGCUUGCCGUGUGCAUGACUUGGUUCUGGAAUUUAUCAGCUCCAUUUCUAUUGAAGAAAACUUUUGUACUGUAUUGCAUAAUAAGAAAGGAAAAUCAGCUGCGAUAACAAGUAAGGUCCGCAGGUUAUUUCUGCAACUCCAGGAUGUUGAGAUGCCUCAGGGGAGAUUGAUAUUGUCCUACAUGAGGUCACUUACUGUGUCGGGCCACUGGCUUGACAAAAUGUGGCCCCUUUCUUUUUCCCUUCAAUUACGUGUAUUGGAUUUGGAGGACUGCUAUCUCCUGGAGCAACGCCAUAAAUUACUUGAGCAUCUCGGGAGUUUAUGCCAGUUGAGAUAUCUUGCAUUGGAAGAUAUAUACCCCAGCGGGCUCUUAUUGACGAUCCAAAUUGGGCAGCUAAAACAUCUAAUAUGCUUAAGAGUUGGCUUUCACUUCAAAAUCAAAUUCAGGCCAGGUGUGGUUAGGGAACUGGAGUGUCUGCAAGAGUUGUCAAUGAUCAGUUUGUCUAAGUCUCCGCACGUUGCCAAAGAGCUAAGGCAUUUUACUAAACUGAGGGUUCUUGGUAUCACUUUCGAAGAUAUGCCUGACGAGAGCUUGAAGGGUUGGCUUUUGGAGUCUCUAUGUCACCUAGAGAAUUUGCAGAGCUUAAUUGUGAGAGGCAGCUUUGAUUUGGUAUCUUUGGAUUUCUUUGGGGAAGGCUGGACAUCCCCUCCUCGGAACCUCCGUAGAUUUGAUUCAUCAUUCGGAUCCUUCUCCUAUCUGCCGUCGUGGAUCAGCCCGUCAAAUCUUCUGGAGCUGUCCAUCAUAGAGAUGCAGAUGGACAACCUGCGGCAAGAGGAUCUUGACAUACUUGGUUCCUUUCCUUCUUUGCAAUCCCUCCGACUGAGGUGCUACAAAAACAUCUGGGAUGAAAGAAGGAAACAAUGGCCGGUGGUCUGUGCUGAUACUUUCCAGUGCCUGUGGGACUGUCAGUUGUGGAUACUUCCCACGGGGGGACAUAUGUUUGCACCAGGAGCUAUGCCCAAGGUCCAUUCCCUUAAAUUUGAUUGUUACAUCGAGGAUGUAUUCAGCUUGGGUUUGGCAAACCUCCCAUCUCUCGAUGAUAGCUUGGGCUUGGAGAACCUCCCUUCUCUGCAGGAGCUCCGUGUUUGCUUCAACGAAUUCACCCGUGGGUCCGUCACCCGAGAAGCAUAUGACAAAGCGGAGGCUGCAAUUAGGUGUGCAGCAGACGACCAUCCCAACCGCCCCACCCUUGAUGUGGGCAGGAGGUUCUUCCCAUCAUGGAUGAUUAACUCGGCAUCUGCAUAGUUUCCUUGUUGUAUGCAUAUCUUAACUCUGAAGUGGAACUGUGUACCUAUGUAGUGUGUUGCGUGAGCACUGUUUUUCUUCUAUUGUACUACUGUACUACACUUUUCGUACAUUUGUGUACGUUUUGUUCUACAAAUUGUGUACGUUUUGUAUGUCGAUGAUGUAUCUUUAGCCAUUUAACUUGGACGACAAUCAUUUUGCUUUUUUGCAAA